GGUCGCCAAUGCGCUGCUACAAGCGGCGCUGAUGCUGCUCUGGCUCCCAUGUCUGGGGAUGUACCAGCGAGCCAGGUGUGCCGAGCGGAAGACUGAGAGGCGCAGCCCGGCUCGGCGGAAAGAAAGGCCGUCUCCUCCUGUUCCAAUCUGGCAACAGGGCAGCCACCCACGAGAGGCGGGGCCUGACCAUCUGGACCAGGCUGGUGGAAGGCUGGAAGCUGAGCUCCAUGCUCUCAUCGAUCCCGAUGACGGUCCCCAAGCGCUCAGCACACGUUUCUCAGGACUGUAGGAGAUGGCCCCCCCCUCGCUGAUGACACGUGAUAAAUCUCACGCUGCUCGCAGUGUCUCCGCACCGAUGACCAUGUGGCCUGCUCUGCUGUUCUUCUUGGCUUCCUUCUCCUCCGCCACGUCCCUCUAUGGCGAAGAGCUCAAAGGCUGCGGAGACAAUAGUAGCAGUUCCGGCCCGGUGUUCGAGGAGCAGCCUGCGGACACCAUCUACCCAGAGGAGUCUUCAGAGGGACAGCUCCUGCUGCACUGCCGCGCCCGUGCCAGCCCUCCUGCUGCCUACAAGUGGCUGCUGAAUGGCCAGGAGAUCAAGCUGCUGGAGGAGCCAGAUGAGCACUACAGCCUGGUGGGCGGGAGCCUACAGAUCCGGCAGCCGGACCGCAGCCGGCACGCCGGCAAUUACAAGUGCAUGGCACUGAACGAGUACGGCAGCAUCGUCAGCAGGGACGCCGUCGUGAGGUUCGGAUACUUGGAUCCUUUCUCCACUGAGGAGCGGGAGGCUGUGUUUGUCAAGGAGGGCCAGGGGGCGGUGCUGCUGUGUGCUCCACCCCCACAUCAUCCAGCUGAGCUGUCGUUCCGCUGGAUGCUCAACGUUUUUCCGAUCUUCAUCCCCUUGGACAAGAGACGUUUCGUCUCCCAGACCACGGGAAACCUCUACAUCUCCAAAGUGGACUCGACCGACUCGGGAAACUACUCCUGCUUUGUGUCCAGCCCGUCCAUCUCCAAAAGUGUCUUCAGCAAGUUCAUCCCACUGGUGCCAAUAACAGAGCGCCCAAUCCGGAAGUAUCCAGCAGACAUUAAGGUUAAAUAUCCGGACACCUAUGCUUUGGUGGGACAAAACGUGACACUGGAAUGUUUCGCUCUAGGAAAUCCCAUCCCAGAGGUCCGCUGGAGGAAGGAGGACGCGGAGAUGCCCCCCCGCCUGCAGACCAGCAUGGCGGGCGCCUUGCUGCACAUCCCCAGUGUGCAGCUGAGUGACGAGGGCACCUACGACUGCGAGGCUCUCAACUCCAAAGGCAAAGACCGCCACAGGACCAGGCUGUACGUGGAUGCUCACCCCGUGUGGGUGGAGCACAUCGUCACCAUGGAGAAGGACAUCGGCAGUGAACUGACCAUGUCGUGCGUGGCCACCGGCAAGCCCAAGCCUCACAUCCGCUGGCUGAAGAAUGGCGAGCCGCACGGCAGAGGGGAGCUGAAGUUCGACAGGUUGGCGCUGAGUGACUCCGCAAUGUACCAGUGCAUCGCGGAGAACAAGCACGGAGUCAUCUACGCCAACGCCCAGCUGUAUGUCAUGGCUUGCUCUCCCUCGUUCGAGAAGAACCCCGUGAAGAAGGAGAUCCUGGGCGCCAAGAAUGGGCGGGUGGUAAUAGAGUGUAAACCGCAGGCCGCCCCCCGAGCUCGACUGUCCUGGACCAAAGGCACCGAGCUGCUCUCCAACACGUCCAGAAUCCGCAUCUGGGAGGAUGGCAGCCUAGAGAUCCUCAACGUGUCCAAGGUGGACGAGGGGAAGUACAGCUGCUUCGCUGAAAACAACAGGGGCAAAGCCAACAGCACCGGGUCCCUGUCCAUCACAGAGGCCACCAAGAUCACGCUGGCCCCGUCCAACGCCGACGUGCAGGUGGGGGAGGACGCGCGCAUGCAGUGCGGAGCGUCACAUGACUCCAGCCUGGACAUCACAUUCACCUGGGCGCUGGACGGCCACGUCAUCGACUUCGACAGGGAGGCCGAGCAUUACCAGCGCACGAGCCGGGAAUCCAGCAGCGAGCUGCACAUCCGGAAUACGCGGCUGAAACACGCCGGCCGCUACAUCUGCACCGCCCAGACCAUCGUGGAUAACAUCAGUGCCUCAGCCGACCUCUUUGUCAGGGGCCCCCCCGGUCCGCCACUGGGCAUCCAUGUGGAGGAUAUCAAAGAGAAGUCCGUUAAGCUCCUCUGGAGUCGAGGCCCGGACAACCACAGCCCCAUCUCCAAGUACACCAUCCAGGCCAGAGAGGCCUCCUCUGCGAACCCCGACGAGUGGAAGGACGUCAGCACCUGGCCGCCAAACGUGGAGGGCAACGAGGAGACCGUCACCGUGGUGGACUUGAUUCCCUGGACGGAGUACGAGUUCCGCGUGAUAGCCACCAACACCCUGGGUACCGGAGACCCCAGCAGCCCGUCCCCCAGAAUCACGACGCUGGAAGCAAUUCCUGUGGUGGCUCCAUCGGACAUCGGAGGGGGUGGCAACAUCAGCAGAGAGCUGGUGAUCACCUGGACGCCUGUCAAGCGUGAGUACUACUAUGGGCCGAACUUUGGCUACAUCAUCGCUUUCAAGCCGCACUAUGACUCAGAGUGGAGGAAGGUGACUCUGGCUGACCCUGAGGCCAGACAAUACAUCCACAAAGACCCCGCCCUGCCUGCCAACACAGAGUUCCAGGUCAAGGUCAAAGCUUUCAACAACAAGGGUGAAGGCCCUUAUAGCCUGACAGCCAUCAUAUACUCGCCACAAGAUGUCCCUCUGGAGCGUCCUGCAAACGUGGUCGCCAGGACAUUAUCAGCAACAGAGGCCAUUGUAGUGUGGCUGUCCGGGACCCAGCCAGGGAUCGAGGGCUACCAGGUGAAGUAUUGGAAGAAACACGACGACAGUGAGACGGCCAACCAGAAGGUGCAGGUGCCCGCCACCGAGAACCAGACCCGUCUGGAAAACUUGCUGCCCAACUCGCACUAUGUCAUCGAAGUGCAGGCAUACAACACAGCCGGAUUCGGCCCCCCCAGUAACCGCUACGAGAUUCACACCAAGAAAGCACCUCCCAGUCGCCCCCCCAGAAUAAUCAAGAAGAGCUUCAGCCGGAGCGUGGUCAACAUCGCGUGGGAGCACGUGGAGCCCCUGGCCAAUGAGUCCACCAUAAAGGGCUACAAGGUGGUGUACAGACAGGAGGGCGACGUUGAUGAGGUGCUCUACACUGCCACCAACGAGCACUCCAUCGACCUGCCGCUUCCCAAGAAGGGCUACUCCGUGGUGGAGGUGCGAGCCCUCAGUGAAGGUGGGGAUGGAGCCGUCGCACAAGUGCGCAUUUCAGGUGGCGCGAUGCUUUCGGCACAGCCCCUCGGUCUGGCCGCCCUGCUCACCGUCGCCCUCUGCUGCCUGGGAUUGUGAAUGUAGCGCCAUCCACUGGCCUGAACUCUGGUGGAGAGGACUCUGUGAGGUCACCUCCAGCACGGACUUGGACUGCCCCCAGUACCUGGUUUCAACAUAUGGCCAAAUGCAAUACAGGAAAAACAAGCAUAAAAGACAUAUAGGAGGAACUGGGAAGAACGGAGAAAUGCAGAAAAACUCUUAUUUAGAAAUUAUAAAGUUAUCUUUGUUCAAGGAGCACAGGAAAUGUUUUAACUCGCUCAGUAUGCCUUACUUAUAAACUCCUACUGGUCUUUCAUUGUUGCAUGAAUUGCUCUAAAGGGUGUUUCACCAUGACCACUCAGUAGACCACAGCCAAGGAGGCGGCGCGUACAGCAGACAGACGCCAUCUCCACGGCUGGGGAGCCCCCCCCUCGCCAGGGGCCUUGCUAGAGAUCUCGGACCCCAUGAAAGCAUAUCAUAUUGGGCCCCCCAGCCCAGACAAAUCCAGUUAUUUUCCUAAUUUUUUUUGGCCCCUGUCAGUCAGGGGCCCUUGGAGUCAUCCUAAUCCCCCCACCCCAGUACCCCUGUUCCUCCGGCCUGAAGUAAAUAAUUCAUGCCACGGAUGAAUUCAUGAAUGAUUUAACAUGGUACAUUCAACCGUCAGGUGGAGUACAGUGCAGUUAGGGUCUGUUUUUGUGGUUUGCACACUUGGUAUGUGGCUUUUUCACCCAUCAUCACGGGAUAAACUUUACUGGGAUACGGUCAGAAGCAGAGAGGUUUUAAUAAUCCUUGUGUUGUGUUUGUGAGCGAUUCCGGACGUUUUUAUAGGCAGUCAGUGUAAGUACUUUGAUAGCUGAUCCCAUCGGUUAAUAACUCUGAAACGGUAACAUGCUCCUUGACUUUUGAAUGUGUCUCUUUUCAAACCAAAUCACGAUUUAACAAAUCGCCCCAAAUUUAAAAUAAAAAGCACCAUUAUCAUCCAUAGCAACAUGUAACAUUUGACGGAAAAAAAGUUUAAUUGUUGCCAACGGAAAGUGUUUUAUAUUUGUAGAUAGCAAGCAUUUAAAAUAUCGAGAUCAUGCCGCUGUUUAGUGUCUGUGUUUUUGGCAGAAUAAGCACCUCAGUUGGGGGAACUCCGCAGAGCAGGCCAUCCGCGCGCGCGUCUCUGUGCCGGCCUCCUGUUUGCCCAGCGUGACCGUCUGCGGUGUCCCCGACUCACACAUCUCCACCAGCUUUGCUUGUCUGUUUGUUUUCUAAAAUAUUCGAAACCUAGAUCAUGGUUUUUAUUGUCGUGAAAAAAUUAUUCAAGAGAAACAGAAUAAAGAGAAACAGAAUAAAGAAACCUGUAAUUACCCGAGAAAUCAGGCUGGUUUGGGGUAGUAUAGUGUUCUCUAGUAUUAUUAUUAUUAUUAUUAUUAUUAUUAUUAUUAUUAUUAUUAUUGCUGCACUGGUGGUUACUAAGGAUUUUUAAUGUGAGGGACUCCCGUGACUAGAAUAAAUAAUAUGUCCUCUUGUUUACGAUAAUUUAUGUCUAUAAGUUUAAUAAGACAUCGCCUGAGCUGCUUAUCCAGUGGGACAAAGACACUGUGUCUUUCGCUGUGAAAUAUUCCCGAAAUCCACUAAGGUGCAUGAAGGGAUCCAAACCUAAGGGACCUGCCGCGUUCAAAUGGAUCAGCGGCACUUCCUGCUGGCGUUUCUGUGCGUCUGCACGGGAAACACUGUCAGUCAAACCCCCCCAAUCAGAUAUGCAGCUCACACCGUUUCAUCUGAAUAAUUAACUGACAGAAGUCUUACACCAAUGGCACAUAAGUCACUGUGACUGGCUGAAAGCAGACUCUUAAGUGUCCAGGUUUUAUAAUGAAUUAAUUCUUAUGGCUAAAACACUGGUGAUAUGCUGACAUGGUGUAAAUUGUCUUGAUUUUGGUCUUUGUAGCCCGGUUUGCAUUGGUGACCAACCAGGCAGCCAAACCUGCCUUUAGAGCCUGCAAACCGGAAUGCGGGUCUGGUUCUGACAGACCUGGACCUUCUCCAGGCUGAAUCACCCAUGCGGCCGGCCGCUCGCUGUGCCCUCACCGUAAAACCACCACCUUAGGCCAAUGCCUGUGAAACUCAUUGUAUUGCAUAAUCCUAUUGAAAGUUAAAUAAAUUUCUCUCUAACACAAAAUGUCAUUAUGAUUCAGCAGUAGAAUAUUAGACUUUUUUUAUUUUAAGAAAUUAUUUUUGUGUUUUUACGAAAGGUUUUAAAUGCAUAAGCACUGAGAUUUUCUCUGAUAUUUACAGUUUAUUAGAGGUUUGUUAUGGAAAAGUAAUUCAGGUCACUUAUGUAAAGAGCCUAAGUCGUAAUUAUAUCAAAUUUGCUUAUUAAAGUAAAUUAUGUGAGCUCCGGGGUUUGGCCACGCACUGGUUUGUUUCCCAGUCCCUUCGGAGGGGCCACCCUGACGGCCCCCUGCCCCCUUUUCUUGGGUCCCUGAAGUUAUGUGGUUUCACACAUCAUUUUAUUUGCAGUAUUUGAAUUUUCCAGCGUAAAUGGAAACGCUGUUCGCCGCAUCUGAAGGGCCCUUUUGCAUCAAAAUUACUGACUGUAACUUAGCAUCAUAAGUACCCUAAUAAAGCUAAACAUUAUACGUUUGAA